ACUUGCGUAUAUGUAAUUGUUUAUGAUUAGGAACUGCAAAGGAAAUGAAUCUCUAUAUAUAUGCAUAUGCAUAGAUGUGAGUUACUCAGUCCUUGAAACUCCACGAUAAACCCUCCAGACCCAUCAUGGAUUUCUCUUCCAAUCUGAUUGCAAUUUUAGGGGCUGUAGCUCUAGUGAUUGUCUGUAAUCUAUGGAGGGGGAAAAAUUCAAAAAAGAUUAAGGGCAAGCUAGUCCCGGAAGCACCAGGUGGGUUACCGAUUAUCGGUCACCUCCAUCAACUUGGCGGCAGCAAAUCACUUGCCAGAACCUUGGGAGAGAUGGCUGAUAAGUAUGGCUCCGUCUUCUCCCUGAGGCUUGGAGUGCACCCCACAGUUAUAAUCACCGAUCACAAGGCGAUGAAGGAUGUGUUCACCACCAAUGACAAGCUUUUCGCCUUUCGCCCAUAUUCCAGUCAAGCUAUGAUUGUCGGCUACAACUAUUCAUCGUUUGGUUUCGCUCCUUACGGUACCUAUUGGCGCAAUAUGCGUAAAUUGGCUACCAUCGAGCUUCUUUCCAACCACAGGACUAAGAUACUGAAUUAUGUUCAGAUAUCGGAGGUGAGCACCUUGGUCAAAGAAUUGUACUUGCACUGCAAGACCAACAAGAAUGCUAAGAUCAACAUGAGUGAAAGGAUCGAACAUUUGAUCCUGAAUAUCAUUACCAGGAUGGUUGCAGGGAAGAGGUACUUCGAUGGCAAUAAAGAAGCGAGGGACGAUGCAGGGCGUCCAAUUGGGGAAAUUAUCAGGGAGUUUAUGUUCGUGACAGGAGCUCUUGUUCCUGGAGAUCUAAUUCCAUUCUUGGGGUGGUUGGAUAUUAAUGGAGUUGUGAAAACCAUGAAGCGUGUAACCAAGGAAGUAGAUGUAAUUGUGGAUAGCUGGAUUGAAGAACACAAGAAGAAAUCUGAUAAUGAUGCCAAAAAGGACUUCCUCGAUGUUAUGCUUUCGGUUGUGGAGGAUGAUGCCUCAAUGGGUCUUGACCGUGAAACAAUUAUCAAGGGGACAACAACUGCUAUUAUCCUUGCGGGCUCUGAUACUACAGCAAUCACUACGCUAUGGGCCUUGUCCAGCUUGGUGAACAAUAGGCAUGCAUUGAAGCGUGCCCAAGAAGAGAUUGACCAGAAAGUUGGGAGGGAUCGAUGUGUACAAGUCUCUGAUAUUGACAAAUUGGAGUACCUGACGGCUGUCAUCAAAGAAACCUUGCGCUUAUACCCUCCAGGUCCACUAGGAGUUCCACGAGAGGCAGCUGAAGAUUGUUUCGUAUCAGGGUAUUUUAUCCCUAAAGGCACUCGUUUGUUUACGCACUUUUGGAAGUUGCAUAGAGACCCAAAUAUCUGGUCGGAUCCUGAGGCAUUCAUUCCAGAAAGAUUUCUCACAACCAAUGCAAAUUUGGAUGUUACUGGUCAGAAUUUCGAGUACAUACCGUUCAGCGCAGGAAGAAGAUCUUGUCCUGGGCUGAACUUGGCAAUGCAGGUCCUGCACUUGGCUCUUGCGAGGUUGAUUCAGGCAUAUGACAUGAAAACGCCAACAAAUGAGCCAGUGGACAUGACUGAAGCGCAGGGAAUUGUGCUGCCAAGGAAAACUCCUCUUGAAAUUCUUGUCGUCCCACGCCUUGCCCCUGAAUUUUAUGAGCAAGAGUAGAUUAUGGUAAUAUUGGUUUAAUGAAAUAAAAGAGAGAUGUUAGUAAUGAACCACUACUAGUAAUGAACCAUUAUCUUGUUGUAACAUAUAACAAUCAUGCUGCAUAAUGUCGACAUAUUUCAAAUAAAAUUCUAUUUUAUUUCCUUGUAACACAA